ACAGGCAGUGUAGCUGUUGAGGGAAGAAGGUUUUUGAGAAGUUCUUGGCGUGUGCACGGUCAGCCCAACACCAAUGUUGCCAUGUCCAAGAAAAUGAAAGCUCUGGCAGUGCCAGCGGGUCAUAUGACCCAAGCGGUCUCUGAAGGGGAACUUAACUUGAAGUUGUCCAGCAGUGUAAGCAGCUCCAGUCUGUCGGAGAGCCAGUCGGGUGGAUCUCAGAGUCCCGACGGUCCUGCCAGCAGGGUGGUCAGCUGGGCGGUGUAUUUUGAACACCUGCUAGAAGACCACGUUGGUGUGCGCUACUUUACCGAGUUUCUUAAAUCAGAGGUGAGCGCUGAGAAUAUCCUUUUCUACGAAGCCUGUGAAAAAUUCAAGAAAAUCCCACCAACUAAACAGGAUGAGCUCAAAAAAGAGGCCCGCUCCAUCUACGACACUUUUCUGUCUGAAAGCUCUCUGCAUGCGGUUAAUAUCGACGAUACAGCCCAGAUGGAAGAGAGCGCCCUGGAUACGCCCACACCUGACAUGUUCAAUAAAGCGCAGCAACAGAUCUUCAAGCUAAUGAAAAUGGACAGCUACACGAGGUUCGUCCGCUCUCAGCUGUACCAGAACUGCAUGCUGGCAUGUGUGGAGGGCCGUCCUCUACCAAACAUCGGAUCCCCGCAACCCAAGAGUAAAGGCUCCAAAAAGAGCGCAACGCCACCUAGUAACAGGAAGAGUGUUGAGUUGAAAGUACCAUCAUCAGACGGUAAGAGCAACAGGAAGAAGAGGUUAGAGAAGAGAGGAUCAUGGGGAGCUGACGUGUCGUACCAGCGUGCGACAGUGUCUCGUAAAGAGUCCCAGAUCUCCGUGAAGUCUAACAGCAGUCUGGAGUUCGUUUCUGGUUUCGGUCGAACCGAGAAUGGCCGCUGCAGUGUUGCCGUCUCUGAUCCUGAGGUUUUGAGUUCCGGUUCCCCUACAGCAGAUAGAUACUGCUGCGUUUAUCUGCCGGACGGUACCGCCAGUCUGGCCCCAGCCAAACCUGGUCUGACCCUAAGAGACAUGCUCAGCAGCCUGUGUGAGAAGAGAGGGUUCCCUCUGAAAGACGUCGUUAUCUACCUUAAUGGGAAAGACAAGCCUCUUUCUCUGGAUCAAGACUGUUCUGUGUUUGGAGAUCAGCAGCUCACUUUGGAACUCAGAAUUAUGUUUGCGUUGGAGAUUGUGUUUUCAGGACGGACGAUAGGAAUCGUCGCGAAGUCGAGUAAGAAUCUGGGCGAUGUGAUUUCUGCCGUCCUACAGAAACAUCAACUGCGGCCGCAGGAUGUGCUGGUUACUCAUAGUGGCUCAAACGAACCCAUAAAAUUGAGCACAAAUGUGUUCUGUCUGGCCGGCAAAACAGUGUGCUUGGAUCGAGUUAAAGUUGCUUUGGAGACUCAAGACGCUUCACCAGCAUCCAGAGCUAGUCCCAGACCCAGAAAACACCAAGAGAUGGACGGUCUUGUAGAUAUGCUGAAUCGUGCCCAGUGCAGUCGAGCCGAUGACCAGCGUGGGUUACUCACCAAAGAGCAGCUCGCACUGCCCAAGUUCCUGCAGAUGCCAGCCAGUAACGGAGAGCAGACGUCCUGUGAUCCCUCACAGGAAGAACUUUGUGCCCUUUGACUCCUGAGACCCUGUUCACUAAAAACUCGUAUAACAGAUGUCAAGCUAGAGGUGUGAAACUCUGAUUAGACUCUGUAUGUGUUUGUGUGCGUGAUGAGAUGAUGCUCUUAAUCUGUGGUUAUAGGGACAUCUGUGUACAUUUUGUAUAUUACAACAUACACAGACACUCUAAAUGCUGGUUCUCAGAAUAAGUCAUUGUCCAAAUAUUCUAAACUAAAGAUAAUAAUAAUAAUAAUAAAAAAAGAAAAGUCGAAACAUUACCUGCAAAAAAAAUGUGUUGUAUAUAUUUAUUGCAAUGUCAAAUGUGCUCUUCAACAUAUUUGGUAUGGGAACACUUUUUGACUUUAAUUAAAAAAGGAGUUGUCGUUGGGAAUCGCACAGUGUGGUGCAUGAAACUCUCUUGCACUUUGUGUGGUUAAACAUUCUGAUAUGAAAUGAAUCAGCAAGAUCAUGUUUAGUUAUUAAAAGAAGUACUAGUUCACUCAAAAAUGAAAAGUGUCAUCAUCAUUUACUCACCCUCAUGUUGUUUCAAACCCAAAUAGCUUGCUUGCUUCUAUGAAACACGAUGGAACAUGGUUUUUUUUUGGGGUUCUUUUUGAAGGGACUGCCAAGCUCCAAAAGGGAUAACAAAAAAAGGCUCUUAAAAAUGUAAGUUGUUAUUCACUGAAAAUUCCUGCCCUCCGCCAUAGCUCUGAAAUGUCAUUGGUGCAUUCGUGUAUUUCAAAUUGACACGUCACAUUCAGGGCUGGACAGGUAAUCUGGCAUACCGGGCAUUUUCCCGGUGGGCCGAUGCACUUUUGUGCCAAUCAGGGGCGCACUGGCCAUCGGGAGAACCAAGUGGGCCGGUGGUUCGGCCGCGAAACGUGCCGAAUGGGCCACGAUAAGCAACAAUGAGCCGCCGCGUUAUGCAGAACGGACCACAAAAUGGUGCCGCGAUAUGCAGAAAAGUACAGCGAACACCAUCCAACCCCCCCAUUAACAUCAAACCUGAUGCAGCAUGUCAUGGCACACCAUAUUUGAACAUGCACAAAUGAGAUUUGAGAAUUACAGUGUUGGGACUUUCAGCAAAUAAUUACUUACAUUUUGGUCUAUUCCUGACACAAACUUCAUCAUAUAGCUACAGGAGCAUUAGUACAUCAGUCAUAUGGGACUACCUUUAUAGUACUUUUUGUCAUUUUUGAAGUUUGACACCUCCUUGUCACUGUAUGCUUUCAUUGCAUGGAAAAGAGCAGCAUGAACAGUUUGACGAUGGAAGUCAAACAGGUUUGGAACAGACGGGUGAGUAAAAGAUGGAGGGGCAAAUUACCAAAAAAACGGAGAAAUUAUUAAUUAAAUACAUAAUUACAUUUUUAAACUAUACAAUUAUGUAAUGAAUCAUUAAAUCACUAAAUAAAUCAAUAAAUGUCUCUUGUAUUUCAUUUCAGCAUUAAUUUGAAUAGUCUGUUUUCAUUUUAUCAUUUUCUUUGAGUUUAGUUUUUGACCCCCUGUGCCCCUACAGGCUGGUAGUGGCAUUACCGGUGCUGUUGGGAAUGAUGGGAGGCAGGGACAUAGCUAGUGGGGUGAAAGGUGGGAAUGAUUCUAGGGGCCCAAAAGUCCAGGGGGCCCCAGAACAAUAUACAGUGAGACCAUGCUACGGCCCUAAUAGGAGGGGUAUAGAAUUGCCUUACUGCCUACACUUCUAAAGGUGUGAGCAUAAAAAGAGGUGAUUUUCCCCCUCUCGCUCUCUAACUCUCUUUCCGUGCAUUUUUCAAUCAGGCAUAAUCAUACACAUGCACACCCAUAUGGAGCUCCACACUCACAUCUUAAU